AUGACCAGAUGGCAAGGUGGCAAGAAGAAGCCCCUGACACAACCCAAGAAGCUAGCCAAGGAGAUGGAUGAGGCUUUCAAGCAAAAACAAAAAGGAAAAAGAAACUCAAAAGAGCUAAAUGCAAUGGUCACGGGGAAGGGCUCCUUGGCCACAGGUGGAAUUAAGAAAUCUGGCAAAAAGUGA